UAAGGGUCCCCGGGCCACUGGCGGCAGGGCGGGUCCGAGGCGGCGGGGGUCGCUACCGGGCAGAGGGACUGAGCGCCUGGCUCCGCCAGAAGGUGCGUUCUCCCGACUUGCCGCCGAGGGCCACCACCGAGGUCCCUUCCCGGGCGACCUCCAGGGCCUCAUCCUGGAGGAGAAGGGUCUGAGUGGGGGAAAAGAGCUGACCCUUGUCCGGGACGAGGCUUCGUCCUCUGAGAGGCUCCCUUGUUCCAUACCUAAGCCGUGUGGCAGGUGUCCUGAGUCCCCUGUUCGCUGAGGAAGAAGCUGGACUCGGAAAGGUGAAAGCAUUUGCUGCACGUCCGACAGCUGGGAAGCGACGGGUCUGGAUUCAAAGCGAAUUCUGGCUAGUGCCAGAGUCUUUGUUCUCCGUACUGCAGCUCGGUCCUCAAGCUUCACUGAUAAAAGUCCCCGGGGUGGCCGAUGGCGUGGACGAACAGAUUCUGGGACUCCACAAAUUGAGGAGGUCUGGGGAAGGGCUCUGGAAUCUGUAUUUUCAACAAUCGCCCCCUGACAAAUAACGCAUAGCUCCCCGCGAUCGCAGCCAGAAGCUGGGCUUGCUACGAUUCUCAUUGUGAGCUAAAUUCUUCUUGGUACACAUGUCAGAUAAGUGCUACCAGCCAUUACCAGAUGCCGUGGUGAACAGGAACAAAAUCUUCUGAAAGCUCAGAGCAGAAGUCUUUUUUAGUCAACAUGGAGAACAAACGACGUCAAGCCCGAGUACAAGGAGCCUGGGCAGCCCCUAAGAGCCAGGCCAUUGCUCAGCCAGCUACCGCUGCUCAGAGCCGUCUCCCCCAGACACCUGGCCAGACCUGGAGGGACAAGGAGCAUCAUAUGUCUGACAGAAAGUUUGUGUUCAAAGAGCCCCAACAGGUACGCAGAGCCCCAGAGCCACGAGUGAUUGACAGGGCGGGUGUUUACGAAAUCAGCCUGUUACCCACUGGAGUGUCGAGGGUGCGUCUGUAUCCUGGCUUUGUGGAUUUACAAGAAGCCGACCGGAUGUUUGAGCGGCUGUGUCACGACGUUCCCUGGAAGCAGAGGACCGGCGUCAGGGAGGAUAUAACUUAUCUGCAACCGAGACUUACAGCAUGGUAUGGAGAGCUUCCUUACACUUACUCAAGAAUCACUCUGGAACCAAACCCUCACUGGCAUCCCGUGCUGAGCACACUGAAGAACCGGAUCGAAGAGAACACCGGCCACACCUUCAACUCCUUACUCUGCAAUCUGUACCGGAACGAGAAAGACAGUGUGGACUGGCACAGUGACGACGAGCCUGCCUUAGGGAAGUGCCCCAUCAUUGCCUCACUCAGUUUCGGGGCCACACGCACGUUCGAGAUGAGGAAGAAACCCCCACCAGAAGAGAAUGGGGACUGCACGUAUGUGGAAAAUCCCCCUGGACCACGGGACCUUGUUAAUCAUGGAAGGAGCUACACAGGCUGACUGGCAGCAUCGAGUGCCUAAAGAAUACCACUCCAGAAGCCCGAGAGUAAACCUGACCUUUCGGACAGUUUAUCCAGACCCUAGAGGGGCGCCCGGCGACAUGGGAUCCUGGAGAGAGAAGCCGCACUGACACUGAGCAUCCUGCCCCCAGAAGACGCUGCCAGAGGUGGGCCCGGCUGGUCUCGUGGUGUGGCUCGUGGAAGGUGGUGGACGCUUCCCGGCCCAGAGCCCCAUUCAACAAGAGCCAGAGUUCUCGUCGGUGAUUCCGUCUGCUCUGGGGGCACUUAGCACUAAGCGCCUAUCGGAGUCGCACAUCAUCAUUAGGCAAAUUAAAAACUGCUGUGGACGUGCUUCUGGGUUGCUUUAUGCACCCCACUGGGAGAAGUGGGAGUGGACCCGUGCCUCUGGGGACACGCCCGUGUCUGCUCCUUGUGACUUCAGCAGAGUGGAGACAAGUACAUGCAGCGGCUCUGGAGCCUUCCGUAGGCAGGCAGCUGCGGAAACCCACACAGAGGUGGCUCCACGGGGCUCUGUGUUGCUGACUCCUCGCCGUGUCGGCUGUGUGCAGUGGCCGUGCACAUUCACUUCACAGUCUCCUCACCCGUCAGCCUUCCUGGGACCCGGCAGGAAGGAUGCUGUGGUGCCCCGUUUCCCCGGACUGCUUGCAUACAAGAGAACACUGUUCCCUUAACAGGACAGAUGGGUGACGUCACGAGAAGCAGGCAGCUGAGAUCUAGGCUAAAGAGCAGCACAUGCCCUGCGAACGACAGCUGUUCCACAUAGAUUAGCUUCCCCUGGAGAAUUCCUUGUCAUUUAAACCCAAGCCAGAGAGCAGCAGAGCCGUCCUGCAGGGAACAGACUCAAUUACCUAACAGCUCUCUUCACCUUAGAUUUCGGGAGCCCGAUGACUAAGGCUCUCCUCUGACUCAGUGUUUUCUUACAAGUUCCCGAGGCACGAGGGUGAGUCUGUGAUGUCACCGAGGUUCCCAAAACAACAGCGUGGCUGCCCCUGAUUGCAUCAUAAAAGCGUGUGUCUCCUUGACCUCUCGCCCCAGGCGCCGUGUGCCAGAUUAAUUCCAAACCAAGAUACGGAAAAGCAAGAUACGAGACAGAAAACCGAAAUGGAUGAAAACAGGGCGAGAGACCUAGCUCCCCUCGCUGCCUGUGGGGACGCGCAGACCCUCCUCGGUUCCAUCCUGCUCCCAUUCCACGCUGUAGGGCUGACGGCCCCCAGAUUCCGGUAAAGUACCAAGGCUGGGCCGUGUCGCUGUCCUGGCCACGCUCUGCUCUCUGACAAGCUCUCCGGCCCCUUGCACUGGAAUCUCUCGCUCUCUCUCAUUAAAAUGAUAAAUCUGUAGCUCCUUUUUCUGAGAAAAAUACUCAUGCUUUAUAAAAUGUGAGUAUAACACUGAAAGAGACACAUCACCAUAAAAUAAAAUAAAACCUCUGCUGAA